AUAUUGGAGUAUUGCCCCCAACAACCUGGGUCCUCGUUUUACUGAUCUCGGAAGGAUGGAAAGCUGAGUCAGCCUUAGUUUAAGGCCAGAUUCGAACUACUGGCAGUCGGCAGAAUUAGCCUGCAAGACUGCAUUCUAAUCACUGUGCCGUUCACAGCUCAAUAAUAAUUUAGAUGAUAUUAUCUGAAUAUGUUUCAAGUUCUCAAGAGGCAGAGAUUUUUUUAGUUUAAUUUUUCUCCAAAACAUGGAGUUGUAACCUUCACACUAAGUAAACAAAUGUAUAGGGAACUCAGUGAAUGCUGUUAAAAUAUUGCAAUGCGCAAUAUUUUCAAUGUGCAAUUCUUUUCACCACCUGCUGCUAACGUGCCUACCUCUUCCCUUAUCCUAACGCAAAGAAAUGUGACCAAACCGUUUUCUCCUGCCUCCUCUUCUUCUUCUCCUAGCUGGGUAAUGUCUUUCCAUUCCGGGCGUGGGUGCCCCCGAGGCCGAGGAGGAGCUACUGUCCGGUCUUCGUCACAAACCUUUCGCCCCCAAAACUUGAGGCAGCUACAUCCUCAGCAGUCUUCGAUGCAGUAUCAGUAUGAUCAGCAACCUCCAACCACCUCCAUCUAUGCGAACCCCCCAACUCCAAACUACGCCCCUCCUAGGCCAGAUUUUGUCCCGUAUCCCCCACCAAUCCCCCCUUCGCCUCAGGGUUCGAUCACCCAAUGUCCCCCCCGGCCUCCUUUUUCGGGCCCUCAAAUGAGGCAGACCUUCCCACUCCCUCCUUGUUUCCCCCCAGCUCCUCCCCCUGUCCCAAAUCCUAGUAACCCCCCCGUUCUGGCCAAUGCAGCUGGACAAAACACCUUCCCGUACAUGAUGCCCCCUCCGUCCAUACCGCAUCCGUUGCCUCCACCGGUGAUGCCUCAACAGGUAAAUUACCAGCCCGCAUAUUCUCCAGGGUUCUCCCAGCAGACUUUCUCCCCUCCUAACUUUAGUAACUACCAGCACAGUGCAAACUCUUACCAGAGCAACAGUGGUAGCGCUAGUAGUGGUGGCAGCACCAGCGGUAACUUCCGGCAUCCAAGUGAAUACCUGGUAGAAAAAUCUCAGACCGACCGGAGGUCUCCAGAGCGGAGCAAAUAUUACGACGAGCAUCGCCAUCGGGAUCACUGCCACGGACACGGGGAUCGGCAUCGUUCCACUAAUCAUGGGGACCGGCGGGAUCGUGGGAGGAGCCCAGAUCGCCGGCGUGCAGAAAGUAGUCGUCACAAAUCGGAUUAUGUCAGAGGAAGAACCCCGCCCCGCCAUCGGAGUUACGAAUGGUACAGUCGAUCUCCCAGCCAGGAUCGAAAGAGACCCCGUUGGGAAGAAGACAGGGACCGGUGGUCAGAAAAUGCCAAUCGAGAGAAAAGCUACACCUCCAUCAAGGACAAAGAGCCAGAAGAGGCGACAGGUGAAAAGAACGAGGAAGAAGAUGAGGAUCUGUUGAAGCCAGUGUGGGUUCGUUGUACCCAUUCAGAAAGCUACUAUUCGAAUGAUCCCAUGGAUCAAGUGGUAUGUAUUCCAAGGAUUUCUGGCAACCAAUUACUAGGUUUAUAAAUAUAUGAAGUUUACUUCACAUAACUAAUUUUAGUUAAUUUUAGGAUCCAAGUCAAUAUAGAUGUUUCUUUCCUCCUCUGAAUUGCCGAAUAAAAUAUAAUAUGGUUUGUUCAUGGGAUGACCAUUCAGUCUGCCGUGAUCUUAGAACUCUCACCAAGAAAAGAGUAUGGAUUGGAAUAUAAGACAAGCAAAUGAUAUACUGCCAGAAAAAGCAGAAAUAUUCUUCAGUGCCCUUAAUAAAGGAUUUGGAAGCUCAAAUAUAUUGAACUGCCCAAGAAAAGCUGGAUUAUUCUGAGUAUCAUAUCCCCAUUUGUUCUGGUUUAAACCAACAUGAGAUUGGCCAAUUUAAAACCUUCCCUUUAAAAUCUUUAAAAAAAAGUAUAACUUUCCAUUCUGUAAUGUGUAUGUUCCCUUAAUAUUAAUGUUGUAAAAAUAUUCUUUGCGAGGGCAGGGCUGACUUUGCGAAUAUAUGAUGUGCGAUCUUGGAGCUCCGGGAUCACCAUUGAUAUCUGUGCCGCUGGACGGUCCUUUUGGACCUAAACCGUCCCGUAGGGAUGGUGAUAGAGAAGGGCACA